GAAUAAAGUUUGAACCGGCUCAAAGCAGCCCUCGCUUCUAAACUGCAUCUCCCCUCGGGAGCCGCGCUAGAUAUCACCACCAGAUCAACAGUUCCGUCAUACCUUCGAUUUCGAACCUCACCAGCAUCCCCGAUCAUACAGUCCCCAGCAUUUUCCCUACACAGUUCUCAGUAAUCACAAAAUCAGUUUCGUGGAAGUCAGCCCGGAUAGGAAUUCUCUAGUUUUAGGCGCAACCCAGGUUUUGAAAAUCUGUUAUCGACGUUCCACAACGUUCCUUUUGGUAUCAGAGGCUGCGACAAAGAUACAUACAAGAGCCUGAAAGGCCAGUAUUUCUCAACCAGGUACAAAGCAUACCUAAUCAAUUCACAAAUUGAAUAUAUUGCAAUACAUCCUCGAGGAGCCGGAUGUAACCCCGCCAAAGGACAUGUGGAAACUGACGAAGGAUCUGCUGGAAGCCAGCGCUGACGGCCCCCAAUGCAUCGACCUGACCUUCACCCGGGGAGUGACCAGUGAACUAGUGGUCUACAAACCCUCGACCGAGCAACGCGAGGUGUUGAGCAAAGCCACCGACGUACUGGACAUCUUCCUCGCACUCAAAUCGCUCGCUCGAGCCCACGGGAUCGGCCGGAUUGACAUCGUAGAAAACAGAUUCAUUGGUGUCAAGAGUCGUGGCUGCUACGAGACCCCCGCUGGUACGAUCCUUCGUCGGGCGCACAUGGACCUCGAAGGGCUAACUUUGGACGGCAAAGUCCGAGCGUUGCGAGACUCAUUCGUGACCGCUGAGCUAAGCAAGCUCCUCUACAACGGAUAUUGGUUCAGCCCCGAGCGGGAGUUCGUCCAAAGCGCACUCGAGGCUAGUCAGAAAAACGUUAACGGUCGUGUCCGACUAUCAAUUUACAAGGGUAACGUUAUCGUCGAUGGCCGUGCUUCCAACGAAGGCUUAUACGACGCUAGGGAAAGCAGCAUGGAUGAAAUGGGUGGUUUCGAACCCACAGAUACCAGCGGCUUCAUCAAAAUUGAGUCGAUCCGAUUGCGAAAAUGGGGUGCUCAACGUGAGGCUCAAGGCAAGGGAGUUACCGCCGAUCAAGUUUACAUGAAGCAUUGAGACUUGUCUUUCCCAGAUGAUCUGUUAGCUGAUUGCGGCUAAAAUUGCGACUCAGUUACCAAGAUAUCCACCUACUUACCCAUAGCU